AUGUUGGGCUGUUGGUGGUUUCAGUGGAGGUCUUUUGGCUCCUGGAGUUUGGUGCCUCAGAAGUUCAGGAAUGGAGGAGUAGUGGUGGCUGUUUGCGGUGUUUGGUGGUUGGGGCUUCGACAGGCCCUGGUCUUGCGUUUCGCUGCCUUGAGCUCUGAUCCUGCGCGUUGUGCACUCUUGGCGGCUCUCUUAAGCUCUUUCAAGUGUUCCCCUUCAUUCCUUAGCAUCGGGUCUUAG